AUGUUGCUUGAACACCCGGGAUCAAGCUGUCAAAGCACCGGCAAUUUCUCCCGGUACAGUUCAGGACAAGAAAUCCCAGUAUGUGCAGGCUGCAAUCAACACAUCGUGGACCGCUUUAUCCUCAAAGUGCUGGAUCGCCACUGGCACAGCAAGUGCCUGAAAUGCAGCGACUGCCAGGCGCAACUGUCCGAGAAGUGCUUCAGCAGGGGCGAGAGCGUCUACUGCAAAGAGGAUUUCUUCAAGAGAUUCGGGACCAAGUGCGCAGCCUGUCAGCAGGGCAUACCGCCCACACAGGUGGUGAGGAGAGCGCAGGACUUCGUGUACCACCUGCACUGCUUCGCCUGCAUCGUGUGCAAAAGGCAACUGGCCACAGGUGACGAGUACUAUCUGAUGGAGGACAGCAGGCUCGUGUGCAAAGCCGACUACGAGACCGCCAAACAGAGAGAGGCAGACUCGACUGCAAAAAGGCCACGAACCACCAUCACUGCUAAACAGCUGGAAACACUGAAGAACGCCUACAAUAACUCUCCCAAACCUGCCCGCCACGUCCGAGAGCAGCUAUCGUCAGAGACCGGCCUGGAUAUGCGGGUUGUGCAGGUUUGGUUUCAGAACAGGCGAGCUAAAGAGAAAAGACUGAAGAAAGACGCCGGUCGGCAGAGGUGGGGGCAGUACUUCCGCAACAUGAAGAGGUCACGAGGAAGCUCCAAAUCUGACAAGGACAGCAUUCAGGAGGAGGGCCUGGAUAGUGACGCUGAGGUGUCCUUCACAGAUGAACCACCCAUGUCGGAGCUGGGCCUCACUAACGGCAUCUAUAGCAGCCUGAGCGACACUUCUCCGGGCAUCGGGGGCCGUCAAGGCGGCAACAACCACAGCUCCUUCCCCCUGGAGCACGGGGUCCUCCCCUCUCAGGACCAGUUCCACGACAUCCGCUCAAACAGUCCCUACGGCCUCCCUCAGUCGCCGGGGUCGCUUCAAGGGCUUCCCCGACACCAGCCCCUCAUCUCCAGCUUGGUCUACCCUGACUCCGGCCUUUCCAUCAUGACCCAGGGCAGCGGGCCUGGUAUCAACCCCGGGGUGAGGGUCUCCAUGGGGGCUGCCAACGGCCCCAGCUCAGACCUCUCGACUGGCAGCAGCGGAGGAUACCCAGACUUUCCUGCCAGUCCUGCCUCGUGGUUAGAUGAAGUGGACCACGGGCAGUUUUGA